UUAAUUUGGAUGAUAUUAUUUCUAGAGAGAAAAAAAAAACACGUAUAAUAAGAUUAUCUAUAUUGGCGACUGGCGAGUAGAACACAGCUCUUCAUGUAUUAGUCCAAAUAAUACAUAAAUAAAUAAAUAAAUAGUUAAUAAGAGCGCUGGCUAUGGCUUCACCAACAUCCGUCAGCGCCGUUGUCGCUCCUCCGUCAUUCUCCGCUUCCCUCCGCCGCAGAAUCAAAAUUCCCGCCACAUUCCUCCGCUCACCCUCUUCCGCCUUCUAUUUUGGUCCAACUUUUCCCACUGCCUCCUAUUCCACCCACACUUCAGUUGGGGAUCAUAAUUGGAACAGAAGGGGACUAGUAUUUACUGCCACACUGCCAUUUCUUAUUCCUCUGUAUGAAUCCUUGGAUAGUGUUUCUGUAAAAGCAGCAGAGUCAAUAAGUAACAAUGAAUAUAGUAAGCUUUUAAAGGAUGAGAUAAGAAAAGUAGUUCCCAAGGGCAGGGCUGCUGGUGUACUUCGCCUGGUUUUUCAUGAUGCUGGAACCUUUGACAUCAAUGACAAUUCAGGAGGUAUGAAUGGCUCUAUCAUUUAUGAACUCGAAAGAGCUGAAAAUGCAGGUCUUAAAGGCCCUGUGAAGAUUAUACAGAAAGCAAAGAGUGUAGUGGAAGCUAUAAAGCCAGUAUCUUGGGCAGAUUUGAUUGCUGUAGCUGGAGCCGAAGCUGUUUCACUAUGUGGAGGCCCAACAAUUCCUGUUGCGUUAGGCCGGGUGGAUUCGAAGGAUGAAGAUCCAGAUGGGAAGCUUCCUCUUGAAACUCUCGGUGCUUCUGCUCUGAAGGAAAGCUUUCGAAGAAAAGGCUUAUCAACGCAAGAACUCGUAGCUCUGACUGGAGCCCAUACUCUUGGAAGUAAAGGUUUUGGAGACCCGGAUGUCUUUGACAAUUCAUAUUUCAAAAUUCUUCUCAAGAAACCAUGGAAGUCAGGUGGCAUGUCAGGCAUGGUUGGGCUUCCAUCAGAUCGAGCUCUUGCUGAGGAUGAAGAAUGUUUAAGCUGGAUAACAAAGUAUGCCGAAAAUCAGAACUUGUUCUUUGAAGAUUUUGAAAAGGCUUACAUCAAACUAGUGAAUUCAGGUGCCAAGUGGAGGAGCUUGUGAUAUGAUUUCUUGGAAGAAAAUUACAUUUUGGCUUUGAAGGGAGAGUUUGCAUAUUUCUCAAAGACAAUGAAUAGAUUACCAUAGAAUGAAACAACAACAAACAGCACAAGACUGUCAUAUUGAUUGAGCUUGAUGAUGAUGGAGUAUAAUCAUGAAUUAUCCCUAAACAUAAACCAAAGCCAAAAAGGACAAGGAACUACAAAUCCCUCGCCACAUCUAGAGAAGGUAGCCCUUCUUUAAAAUUUUAUUGUCAUUUUUUUUUAAUUUUUUUUGGAACAAUGAACAAAUUUUCAUUAAAAAAAAACAGCGUUGAGUAUAUUAUAAAGAGAGAUGGAAAAUUCUCCAUCGAAAUUAAUUCACCAUCUA